AUGACGGCGGCGGACGGCCUGAGCUGCUACUGCGACCCGGCCGCGGUGCAAUGCAACUUCGACGUGACGCGAUGCAAAUUCGGGAUCGGACUGGACGCGUGUCCGUGCUGCCCCGCCUGCCUUCAGGGCCCAGGGGGCAGCUGCGGAGGGCCAUCCGACGUCUCGGGGAGAUGCGGCACGGGACUGCGCUGCCAGAAGUCGCCUCCACCCGACGGGGUCCCGGCCUUCGUCUGGGAACACAAUGCCUCUGGCGUCUGUGUCAACAAGUAGAGAAAAAAAUA